GUUGAUUUUAUCCCUUUGACCAGAGAGAGGUAGAGAGAUUCAGAGAGAAGCAAAAUUAGGGUUAGGGUUUUCGAGUUUCAGCUUCCAUGGAAGAGAUCACGGAGGGAGUGAACAACAUGAACUUGGCAGUUGAUACCCAGAAGAAGAACCGGAUUCAGGUUUCGAACACCAAGAAGCCAUUGUUCUUCUACGUCAAUCUCGCAAAGAGGUACAUGCAGCAGUACGAUGAGGUUGAAUUGUCCGCUCUUGGGAUGGCCAUUGCUACUGUUGUUACUGUUGCCGAAAUCUUGAAGAACAAUGGCUUUGCUGUUGAGAAGAAGAUCAUGACCUCAACUGUGGAUAUAAAGGAUGACUCGAGGGGACGUCCCGUCCAGAAAGCCAAGAUGGAGAUCACACUCGGGAAAUCUGAAAAGUUUGAAGAACUUAUGGCUGCCGCGGCUGAGGAGAAAGAGGCUGCAGAAGCUCAGGAGCAGAGCUAAAACCCGAAGGAAAUGUCACAACUAUUUCGGGUUUUUUUCCCCUCUGGUUCCUCCUUUAUAUUUUGAAAGACUGUUUAUUUGUUUGAUUUCAUUAAUUUUUGGUUUACUGAGAGAUGUUUACUUUUAUCCUUAGAUAAUUGUACCUGUGAAAAAUAUUUAUGUUAAGGAUCAUAGCGGCAGAAAGAAAUCAUCUUGUCAUCUUUAUAACUAUCUGUUAAACUCUUUGACUUGAAGGCAAUGUUUGAUCCUA